UUCCCUCAUUAAUUCCUUCGAAUCCAAUACCAUGAAAAAGCCUUGACAACACCCCAGAAAAGGCAACCAUUCCCCCACUCCUGUCUCUAUCUCUUCCUCUGAAGUUCCCCUUUUUUUUCUCUGUUGGGGUCGCACAUGUUCAGGUGAUUAACAAGAAUAAGAAGAGAAGUGAGGUAGGGUUUGCAUAUAUGGCCAAAAUUAGUGCAGAGGAGAUGAGAAAUGAAGCGGGAACUGAAGGAGAAAUAGUGAAGGAGAGUGCCACUGAGUCUCAUCCCUAUGCAUUCCAUGUAUCUGGACCUCGCAAUGUUUCUUCUCCUAAUUGGAGAGACCUUAUUAAUUCCAGUUGGAAGGAUACUAACUACAGAAGAACAGUAAUGGCCUGCUUUAUCCAAGCAGUUUACCUUAUUGAGCUUGACAGACAAGAAAAUAGGACAGAACAAAAUGCACUUGCUCCAAAAUGGUGGAUACCCUUCAAGUACAAGUUGGUUGAGACCCUAAAAGAUGAAAGAGAUGGAUCCAUAUUUGGUGCAAUAUUGGAGUGGGAUCGAUCUGCAGCUUUGGCUGAUUUUGUACUUAUCAGACCCAGUGGUGCACCUAGAGCUGUUUUGGCCUUAAGGGGAACACUUCUGAAAAGCCCAACAAUGAGAAGGGAUAUCGAGGAUGAUCUACGAUUCUUAGCCUGGGAAAGUCUGAAAGGAUCUGUGAGAUUUAAUGGAGCCCUGAAGGCGUUAAAAGCACUUGCCAACAAGUAUGGAAGCAAUAAUGUAUGUAUUGCUGGUCAUUCCCUUGGAGCUGGUUUUGCUCUUCAAGUGGGAAAAUCAUUAGCCAAAGAAGGAAUAUAUGUAGAGGCACAUUUGUUCAAUCCUCCUUCAGUUUCACUUGCUAUGAGUUUUAGAAACAUUGGAGAAAAAGCUGGCUUUGCCUGGAAAAGGCUCAAAGCAAUGCUUCCGUCAAAGUCUGAUUCUCAGAUCAGCUACGAGGAAGGCGCAACGACAUCUAUUCAGGUAGGCCUAAAGCAAUGGGUGCCACACUUGUAUAUUAACAACAGUGACUACAUAUGCUGCUCUUAUACUGAUCCAGACGGAGCGCAAAACGACCAAGCUGCUGACAAGGAGAAUGCAAAACCAACAAUUGGCCAAGCAGCAGCUAAACUUUUCUUGUCAUCGAAAGGCAAGCAGAAGUUUCUUGAGGCGCAUGGAUUGGAACAAUGGUGGUCGGAUAACUUGGAACUACAAAUGGCUAUUAGUAACAGCAAGCUUAUUAGCCAGCAGCUGAAAUCCUUGUACACUUUGCCAGCUUCUCAACUAACGCCAGGCAAGCGAUGACAGAUGAAAGUGGCUUCGCUCCCUUUGCUAAAUAACUCAUUUUCAAUGCCAAUAGUUGUUCAUAUGUCAUCAUGUUGGUAUUCAUUUCAAGUGUUCUCACAAUUUUUAUUUUUAUUUUUUUUGUUGUGAAAGAAGUGUUCUUGCGAUUUUCUUUCCCCUCUUGUAUUGAACAAUAUAUAGCUUUGAAAAUGCUCUGAAGGUGGAACCAAAUAAUCUCAAAUGUGGAA